GUCGCGGCGCCCGAGGUCGCGGCGUCCGAGGCCGACGACGCACCGGAGGCGCGCCGCGCGGGCGAGGGCGACGACGCGUCGGCGGCGGUCCUCGUCAACGCGCUGGCGGAGCAGUGCUGCUCGCCCCACUGGGACCUGCGCCGCGACGGCGUCGUCGCGCUCCGGUCCGCGCUCGCGAGCCCCCGCGUCGCGGCGUCGAGCGGCGACGGCGUCGCGUGGCGGAGCUUGGCGGAGGCGACGCACGACGCGCACCACAAGGUCAAUCUGGCGGCCCUGGAGGCGCUGGCGGCGACGCUCCGGGGCUGCUCCGACGCCGUCGCGGGCGAGGCGUUCUCCGCGCGGGUCCUCGACCCGGGUCAAUUCGACGGCGCGGCGACGGUGCUCGGCUGCGCCGCCGUCGGCGCGGCGAAGCGCCUCGUGGACCCGCGCCAGCCGACGCGCCACGCCGCGGGCCAGGCGCUCCACGAGCUCCGGCGGACCUUCGCGCCCGCGGUGCUGCUCGAGGGCGUGGCGCCCGCGCUCGACCGCUGCCGGCCCCUCAAGGCGCGCGCGGCGCUCCACGAGUUCGCCGCGGCCGUCGCGCGCGUCGACGGCGACGCGGGCCGGCGGGGCUUCUUCGACGACGCCGCGCGCCUCGGCGACGUCGUGCUGCGGGUCGCGCGGACGCUCGACCAGACGCUCGACCGGGGCCCCGGCGACGACGGCGCGGCCGCGGCCUUCGCCGCGGCCGCGCGCCUCGCCGUCGCCGUGCGGCGCUGCGACGCCGAGGCCUUUUCGGACCGCUGCGCGGCGCUCGCCGCCGAGCACCGCCGCGCGGUCGGCGACGCGCUCCGCGACCUCGCUCCGGGCUUCGACGCGCAGCUCAAAGACGCGCGGCGGCGCCACGUCGCGCGGCGCGCGGCGCCCGCGGAG